UGAACCUCGCCGUUUUGCGAAAGCGCAACCUUGUUGCGUGCCUGCCGUUUGUGAAGUGCUCUCAUGUGACGGAUACCUUUACUCAACGCCUCUGCAUAGUCGCAGCUUACUGGGUAGCCCUCCUGCAACAGCACAGGGAGGUAAACUUCAUAAGAUUUGGCCUGUAGCUACUGACAUCUGCGAACCCUUAUUCUUACGACCGUCGAGCAUAGCAGCCACUGCAGAGAGCCAAUUGCCAACAGAGGCGCCGGCCAUGUCUCUGAUUACAGAGACUGCACCAUCCUCCAAGGUAGCCACCUGGACUGAGUCGGUUCAUGCACCACAUCCGCAGGCUUCAGAGAUCCUUCGUCAAGUCGAUUACUACUUCAGCGAGGAGAAUCUCGUGAGCGAUCCGUACCUUCUCGGCUUCACUGGUAAGGAAGGCACGAAUCCAGUCAGCCUAAGUUUGAUCAUGGGCUUCAAGAAGAUGAAGCAGUUCAGGCCCAAGACUGCUGUUCGUGAAGUACUCAAACACAGCACAGUCGUGGAAGUGGUGGAUACUGGUCACAUUAGGCGUCGCUAUCCGCUGGGCCGACCGCUGCUGGUGAAGCCGCUUAUCGACGUCAAUCGCUACAAGAAAGCACUCGCCGAGAACCAGCAUCUCACAAAGGGCAUGCUGAAGCCGACUGGAUUCGAGAAGAAUGCGGUGGAAGGACCUAUCAGGCCUGAAGAGUACGAAGAGGACCGCAAGAAGUAUGAUCCUGAAGAAAGCUUCGUCACCCGUAUCGAGCUUGCAGUCACGAACUUUUGCGCCCGCCGAAAGAUGCAUCAGGGUACUCGCAAGAUCUUCACCGACCUUCUCCAUUUGGGAGGGUUCAGCAAUGUUCAUCAGUUCCAAGGGAUGUCGAAAAAGGAGCAAAAGAGACAGGGAGUCGAGCUGGACGACAUUGCCGAUUUCAAGAUCUGCGAUGAAGUCGAGAAUGCCUACUACGCCGAGUGGGAGGAUGGCGAGAAAGGUGAUUGGGUAGUCGAUUUCGAAUCGCUGGCCAAAUCAUUCUUGUCCGACGUCUUCUUGCGUGAAUACCCGUGGUACGACGAGCAACAGGUCAAGAUGGCUACGAUGGUGCUCCGGAACUUCUACAACUACCUUCUUCUCCAUAAUGUUUGUCCAGAGUAUGAGGACCAACUGGAAGCCGCGCGCAUGAUAUGCGAUGUUGCGGAGACGGAGUUGCCAAAGCUUGCGAUGGUCGACCAGAGCUUGCCAGGUGCUUUUAACAGUGCUUGCUCGACGCUCUGCGGCGGCAGCUACACGGACGUCCACAUCUCGCAGGAUGGUUGGGCGAGUGGCUGUGACAACAUGGGUUUGUCUCGCCAGGAGGCCAAAGUCAUCAUCGGAGUUGGUGUGGCUGCUUACGGCAGUCGGGAGCAGAUUGAGAAGCUCGCGCCAGUUCUGAGCGGAGAUGCAGGUCUGAAGUAUACGUCGUCACACAAGCUGGGCCUUGUGGUUGUCAAUGUCGAGCCGCCGAAUGACUACGCCAAAGCCGCAUACAACCAGCUGCGAGAGCACGAGGGCGUGGACAAGUACGUGCAUCCAAUGGGCAAGCUUCACUGCAAGCGCUGGGACAUGCCGUUCGAGCCGCCGACUGAUCUGCCCAAAGCUGCUAGAGUCGUUGACACUGCUUCAUUUGAGUUCCUCGUCGAAGAAUCAACGCUUCAGUAUUGCAUUCCCGGCAUGAAAAUCGAAGCCACGAUCAGAGAACUUGACGUCGGGCUUCAGUACAUCGACAGCAUCGAGGCAACCUAUCCUAGCUUCUACACAUGGCUGCCGAACGAAGUCGUCGGUCGCUGGAAGGAACCGGGACCGCCGAAGACAUGGAUGCAGCGGCAGCAGGCGCAGAGGGAUGGCAAGGCGUUAGACCAAGUCCGCGACUCUACGAGCAAUCAUGAUGGAGGGCAGGAUGACGGCGAGUUCAGCGAUGGAGGGCCGGAUUGAGAAGACAUGCUGUCGGUUGCGAAGCUGCUUACGGCUGGCUCAUGUCGAUCUUGCCGCUGCGAGCUGUUGAGACGACGGCAGUCGAGCAUUUUCUAUCAUGUUUUCGAGGCCUUUCGCAAAAUCAUGCGGAGAGGCGAGCCAUAGAGCGAGUUGGACCGCCCGAUCCGCGCGGUUAA